AUGUCCGUGAUUGUGGCUCAGUCUCUCCACAUCUUUGGACUCCGCUCUCGAGUCGCAAACAAUGUUUGUUACUUUGAUGAACAGAUAAUAAUAUACCCCUCGGGCAACAGCUGUGUGAAAUACCACCUAGAGCAGAAAUGGCAGAAAUUCAUCCAAGGAUCUGAGAAGAGUCAGGGGAUGUUAGCAUUGGCCAUGAGUCCAAAUCGACGCUACCUGGCCAUCUCUGAGAUAGUGCAAGAGAAACCCACUAUCACAAUUUAUGAAUUGUCGUCUGUCCCAUGUAAAAAGCGGAAAGUACUUAGUGUCUUUGACUUCCCUGUUCAGGAAUUUGUCAGCCUAGCCUUUUCUCCUGAUUCUAAGUAUCUGGUGGCCCAGACCGGACCCCCCGAGUCAAACCUUGCCUAUUGGAUGUGGGAGAAGCAGAGAAUGAUGGCAAUUGUCAAAGCCGACAUCCAGAACAACCCUGUCUAUCAGGUGAGCUUCAAUCCCCAGGAUAACACCCAGGUUUGUAUCACUGGAAAUGGCAUUUUUAAACUUUUCAGAUACACUGAGGGAACCUUGAAACAGACCAACUUUCAGAGGGGAGAGCCUCAAAACUACUUGUCCCAUGUCUGGCUCACCGAGGACAGGGUUAUGGUCGGCACUGACACAGGCAAACUCUUUCUCUUUGAGUCUGGAGAUCUGCGCUGGGAGACAAGUAUAGAAUGCAAAGAACCUCCCAGUGAAGUGGAAAAGGAUGAGCUGGCACAUGAAUCUGAGAGCCUCAUUGAAUUUCCUACUGCCAGUUCCCCUGAUCUCUCCAGUGAGAUGCUCUGUGAAGCUGUUGACCAACAGCAGGCUUCCUUGCCUCAAAUCUCUGCCAUUGCUGCUUAUUCCAAAGGUUUUGCAUGCUCAGCUGGGCCAGGAGUUGUUCUACUGUUUGAGAAGACUGAAGAGAAGGAAGGUUACAGGGAGAACCGAGAAAUCCGGAUUCCCCAGGAUCAGCGCAGCAGUGACCCAAAUCAGUCAGACAAGCAGGAUGUUAUGUGCAUGUGUUUUAGCCCCUCAGAGGAAACGCUACUCAUUAGCACAAGUAAAAAUCAGCUCUACAUCUUUACCAUGUCCUCAACUGAGAUAAUUAAGGGGGAACCAGCUCGUUUUGAGUAUCUGAAUUUCCCAUUACAUUCUGCUGCCAUCACUGGACUGGACACCUGUAUCCGUAAACCCCUCGUUGCUACCUGUUCCCUGGACAGAUCUGUACGCAUCUGGAACUAUGAAACCAACACUUUGGACUUGUAUAAGGAGUACCAGGAAGAAGCAUAUGCAGUUUCUCUUCAUCCCACUGGCCUUUACGUUUUGGUUGGGUUUUCUGACAAACUACGGCUUAUGAACCUGCUAAUUGAUGACAUCCGUACUUUUAAGGACUUCACUGUGAGAGGGUGCAGAGAGUGCACCUUCAGUAAUGGGGGUCAUCUUUUUGCUGCAGUUAAUGGAAACGUGAUUCAUAUUUACUCCACCACCAGCUUUGAGAACGUUAAUAAUCUGAAAGGACACAAUGGGAAGGUGCGCUCAGUCAUAUGGAGUGCAGAUGACAAUAAGUUGAUUUCCUGUGGCACAGAUGGUGCAGUGUACGAGUGGAGCUUGUUGACGGGUAAGAGGGAGUCAGAGUGUGUGCUCAAGUCCUGCAGCUACAGCGGUGUUGCCAUCUCUCCUGAUGCCAAAAUCAUCUUUGCUGUUGGAUCUGACCAAACUCUCAAGGAAAUUUCGGAUUCUUCGAUCCUGCGUGAAGUGCCUACUUUUGAUGUUACUUAUACCGCAAUAGUUGUGUCUCAUUCUGGGCGCAUGGUGUUCACAGGCACUUCAAUGGGGACCAUCCGAUCUAUGAAGUACCCACUGCCUGUGCACAAGGAGUUCAAUGAGUAUCAGGCCCAUGCUGGCCCUGUUACCAAGAUGUCCAUAACAUGUGAUGACCAAUUUCUGCUGACCGUCUCAGAGGAUGGCUGCCUAAUUAUCUGGAAAGUGUAUGAUAAGGAAGGACGGGGUCUGAAACGGGAGAAGGAAGUGGGAUAUGCUGAAGAGGUGCUGAUCACAAAAACAGAUAUGGAAGAGAAGACUCAAGUUAUGCUAGAACUGAAGACUCGUGUGGAGGAGCUGAAGAUGGAAAAUGAGUACCAGCUACGACUCAAGGACAUGAAUUACAAUGAGAAGAUGAAGGAAUUAACUGAAAAAUUCAUCCAAGAGAUGGAGUCCCUUAAAACCAAAAAUCAGGUGUUAAAGGCAGAGAAAGAAAAGCAGGAACUGCAGUACCAGGAGCAGCUGUCUGAGCUGAUGGAAAAACAGUCCAGGGAGGUGCAGGACCUAGAAUCUGGCAACAACCAGAAACUUUUGUUAGAGUAUGAAAAAUACCAGGAGCUGCAAGUGAAAUCCCAGCGGAUGCAGGAGGAGUACGAGAAGCAGCUACAUGAUAUGGAGGAGACCAAGAACCAGGCCCUGGAGGAGCUGACAGAAUAUUAUGAGGCGAAACUGCAUGAGAAAACCACCUUGCUGGAGGAGGCACAGGAUGACGCCAGGCAGCAGCUUCGAGAGUUUGAAGAAACUAAGAAACAGAUUGAAGAAGAUGAAGAUCGGGAAAUCCAGGAAAUCAAAAUCAAGUAUGAGAGACGACUUCGGGAAGAGAGAGAAUCAAACCUGCGGCUGAAAGGAGAGACAGGAAUCAUGAGGAAAAAGUUCAAUAGCCUACAGAAGGAGAUUGAAGAGCGCAGCAAUGACAUUGAGACAAUGAGAAUGGAACAGCAGAAGCUGCAAGGUGUCAUUAAGUCAUUAGAAAAGGAUAUUCUGGGACUGAAGAGAGAGAUUCAAGAAAGAGAUGAGACUAUCCAAGACAAGGAGAAGCGGAUUUAUGACCUAAAAAAGAAAAACCAGGAGCUGGAAAAGUUCAAGUUUGUACUGGAUUAUAAAAUAAAGGAGCUGAAGAAGCAAAUAGAACCCCGUGAGAAUGAUAUCAAAGCAAUGAAGGAGCAGAUCCAGGAGAUGGAGGGAGAACUGGAACGUUUCCACAAGCAGAACAUGCAGCUGGAACUGAACAUCACAGAGCUGCGACAGAAGCUAAAGGCCACUGACCGUGAGAUGCACAAGGAGCAGCAGAAGGAACGAGACAUGGAAGCUCUUGUCAAGCGGUUUAAAACAGAUCUUCAUAACUGCGUGGGCUUCAUCCAGGAGCCCAAAAAACUCAAGGAGGGGAUCCGGGAACUCUACGACAAAUACGUGCAGCAGGCAGACAUGGUGGAGAUUGUGGGGGUUGACACAGAUCUGCAGCAGGAGUACACCCGGCAGAGAGAGCAUCUUGAGAGGAAUCUGGCAACACUGAAGAAGAAGGUGGUGAAGGAAAGUGAGAUCCACCGAGCUGAUAAUGUGCGCAUCAUGCAGGAAAAUGUGAGCCUGAUUAAGGAAAUUAACGAAUUGCGGAGGGAACUGAAGGUGACCCGCACCCAGGUGCAUGAUCUCCAGUCAGCACUAGGACUAAACAGAAAAAACAAGAAGCAAGGGAUCCCAGACACAGUUCCUUCCCGUGACCUGCUGCCCAGUCCCAGUGUGCUGAGGUUGAAUGUAGAAGAGGAAACAGAAAGAAUCAUAGAAAUGCAACGGCUGGAAAUCAAACGCCUUCGAGACCAAAUCCAAGGGCAGGAGCAUGUCCUUGCUCUUCGGCCUCUGUCAGGUGGGAGGCUUCCCAUGCUGGAGAUUGAAAGGAGCCAUGGGACACAGCCACAAUGA